AUGUCCACCCUAGAGAAGUCCGCCGAGGGUGGCUUUUCCCGAGCAGCGCGGAAGAUCUAUAAUCCCAUAGGCUUCUCGAAAGGAUACAACUUUGUGCUGUGGUUCAUAUUCUCGGGUGCAUUGAUGGGCUUCACCCUCGCCCGACUGCCCUUCCUAAACUUCUACGGCUUCUUUUGCGGCCCGGCGGCUCGGGUUCCUAUCGAUCUGCACACACCCCCGGGCGAGUGCUUCUACUAUCUGCAGGGUCACACAAAGGUUGGCAUCCUCCUGCACCUCGCUACUAUCCUGCCCGCCUCUUUCCUGGUGUGUUUCCAGUUUGUGCCCAUUAUCCGACAUCGACUGCGGAUCUUUCACCGUAUCAAUGGAUACCUCGUCAUUUUGUUAUCCUUGGUAUCUACGGCAGGUGCAUUCAUGCUUGUCCGCCAUGCCUUCGAUGGGGAGCCCGAAACCCAGAUCUUUUUGACGCUUCUGGGCAUCAUGUUUCUCAUUGCCACGGCUAUGGCGUACAUAAAUAUCAAGCGGCUUCAAAUCGAGCAGCAUAGAGCUUGGAUGUUGAGAGCUUGGUUCUACGCUGCUUCCAUCAUUACUCUUCGAAUCAUCACAAAGAUAGCCGCACCAAUCAUCAGCCAACAAGGGGGGUAUUACACGACCCGUAUGUGCAGCCAGAUUGCGAGCAUCUACUCAGGAAGCCAGAAUAUCACUCUUGCAUUGUACCCGAACUGCGCCCCAUACUUUGCUGGCGGUCCCCCUGAUCUGAGGGUGAUGGUGCGAGCAGACCUCGGCGGCAACGUGGCAGAGAAAGCUGCCGCGGCAGGCAUCUUCUUCGGUUCUGCCGGAUGGCUGGCACUGACCAUACACGCUAUUGGCAUCGAGAUCUAUCUUCAGAUGACACCCGCCGAACACGAACGACUUCGAAACGUCUCGUAUCAGCGACAGGUAGAAGCGGGCAUGAGAAACCCUGGGCGAGCUGGGCUUACGGUAGACCGACUGGGCGAUAGUGCAAAGUGGGUGCCAAACACCGACUCAUGA